CUCUAUUCAUUUAUAAUGGAAGGAAGAAUUACGUCCUACGACAGGCCCUCAAUAAUGGCGUCUCCUCGGCCCAAGUCACCACGGACUCCGAUCACGAAGAAAGAGGACAAGGAGGAGAGCUUUUGGGAUAAAAUUGGAACGCUUGGACGAAAGAAACGUAUUAAGGAAGUACAAGAUGUCCAAGAAGAAGGAAAAUAUGCGAUUGAUUCACCUGGAUAUGCUGCUAAUCCCGAUAUGCCACCAGAGGAAUAUGCUCUUGACGAGAACGAAGAACGUUCCAUGAUAGAACCAAAAUCUUUGGAAGAUCCCAAACUACAGGAGUUGAUAUCUGUUUUAAUUGAAUGGAUCAAUGAUGAAUUGGCUGACCAGCGAAUUAUUGUAAAGGAUAUUGUUGAAGAUCUUUAUGAUGGACAAGUGCUGCAAAAGCUCUUAGAAAAAUUGACUGGAGAGAAACUGGAUGUACCCGAAGUAACUCAAUCUGAGGAAGGACAGAAGCAAAAACUCACUGUUGUCUUGUCUGCCGCUAAUCGAGUAUUAGGCCGAUAUCCUCCUUACAAAUGGAGCGUCGAAUCUGUACAUUCGAAAAAUAUCGUUGCAAUUUUGCACUUACUAGUUAGCCUAGCUCGGUUGUUCCGCGCUCCCGUUAGAUUGCCAGAAAGAGUUACCGCUCAAGUGGUUGUGGUACGUAAAAAGGAUGGCCAGCUUAUACAUAGAACAGUGAGAGAAGAAUUAACAACAACGUAUGAUGAUUUGGGAAUGCGUUGCGAGCGCGACGCAUUCGAUACUCUUUUCGAUCAUGUACCUGAUAAAUUGGCUGUUGUGAAGAAAUCUUUGGUAACAUUUGUAAAUAAACAUUUGAGCAAGGUACAUUUGGAAGUGACUGAUCUGGACACUCAAUUCCAUGAUGGUGUGUUCCUGAUUCUGUUGCUUGGUCUUUUAGAAGGCUUUUUUGUUCCAUUAGGUAGCUUUCAUUUGACACCAAAGACUGUUGAUCAGAAAGUUCACAAUGUUUCAUUUGCAUUUGAUAUUAUGCGAGACAUUGGGCUGCCAAAACCCAAAGCUCGUCCUGAAGAUAUCGUAAAUUUGGAUCUGAAAUCUACCCUUCGUGUUUUAUACAAUCUCUUCACAAAAUAUAAAGGGAUAAAUUAAUAGGUAUGUGUACAUUUGAUUUGAUUUGAUACACAAAUCAUGCUUUAUUAAGGUUGAUAAUAUAAUUAUUUUAAUAAUGUGCGACGUGACUGCCAUUAAAAGUUAUUUAUACCAUGUUUAAUAUAGAUUGUUAAUCGUGCUUUUUACACUUUAUUACAUUAUUUUCUUAUUUUCUGU